GAGCGGCGCUAGGGGCACGUGCCCCAAACAAAUAUGGCGCCCAAAGGCCUCUUUUUUCCCGGCCGGGGGGGUCGUGACCCCGGAAGUUGGGAGGAACGGAGCAUGCGCAGAAGUGGCGGGAAGAUGGCGGACAGUGGAAAGAGCAAGAGCGCACCGACAGCCCCGUCCACCGGCAAAGCCCUGACGGCGGAGCAGGUGGUGGCCGGGUUCAACCGGCUGCGGCAGGAGCAGCGGGGCCUGGCCUCGAAGGCGGCGGAGCUGGAGCUGGAGCUGAACGAGCACAGCCUGGUCAUCGACACGUUGCGAGACGUGGACCCCACCCGCAAGUGUUACCGCAUGGUGGGCGGGGUGCUGGUGGAGCGCACCGUCAAGGAGGUCCUCCCUGCCCUGGAGAGCAACAAAGAGCAGAUCAACAAAAUCAUCGAGACCCUGACCCAGCAGCUGCAGGCGAAGGGCCAGGAGCUGAACGAGUUCCGGGAGAAGCACAACAUCCGCGUGAUGGGGGAGGACGACCAAAAACCACCACCCAAGGAGAGCGCCGACGGGGCGGGAGCCAAGACCAGCUCCGCCGGGGUCCUGGUCUCCUAGGAGGGAGACCAUUGUGACCUGGCCCCUUCCCAAAGGACUUUCUGCACCCCUCCCCCUCCCCGACCUCUGAGGCUUAACUUUAUUAUUUGGUGUCGCUCUUGUAAUAUUUUUUAUGUUAAAUAAACAUUUUUCUGUCA